UUCUUUCCAAAUCGAAGAAAGUAGAGCUUUAUACCCAUAUUGAGCUGUAAAUAAGUUGGAUGGUUUGUAAUUUCGCGGCUGUGUGUAUGUGUUAAAGUUUCUAAUUUCUAAUAAGUAUUGUUAAAUAGCUAAUUGUCGCGCCUAUCUUUUUUUUUUUUUAAAUUUUUUUUUUUGCUGCGUUAUAUCAAUGUUUUCUAACCUAACCACUCUCAUCCCUCUUUUUGGUUAAAUUUCAUUGAAACCAUCAAAAGACGGGGGAGGGACAGCAAACAAAAAAUGGGAGUGCCAUCAAAGGCCCAUGCGGACCAGCCAAACACAACCUCGAAGACAUCAAAGCAGUCCAUGCCGCUCGUGUAUUGCAGAAAGUCUGACUAGUCAUUGGUGAACUAAAAGAAUACACCUUUCUUUUUGUUUUCAAUUAACUUUCUAGUAGAGAAAAACUAAUGAAUGGCAGAGAGAAAUUGUAUUCCUGUUGUUGGUAGGGAGUGAUGGAGACAAGGCCUGCUAAUGAAAGAAACGGAGAUGGCAACAUGAAUGCUAUUACUAUGGGCUCAGUGGGCAUGGCCUUACCUGUAACAUCUGGAAUAGAUCAUUCAAUUAACGCAGCCAUAAGUUCAGGAACUGUGACUGGGACCAUUUCAGUGCCGUGCAGUGCAGGUAAUGGUGGCCAACAUCAUCAAAGUAUACAGACUCAACCACAACAUAUUCACAUCCCUGGUGCAACCAUGUCUAUCGGUAGCUUAGCAGUUGCUAUGGGGCUGUCUGGAACAAACUCGGACCCUAACAAUUUGACUUUUACCAGUAAUGCUUUAGCUAACUUAAGUGCCAGGAUGAGUAUGAGCUCUGUUGCUGGAACCAAUGCUGCUGGCCUGAUGGCUUCAGGAAACAGUCUGGUUGCUUUCCCGGGAAACACUCCACUGAAUCUCGUUCCUGGCGUUGGUAUGAAUAUUCCCGGUGGUGGGGGUGUCAGCAUCAUGGAUGGUAGCGGUCUCAGCAUGGCAGUUGCUGGCAGUCUGGCCAUGCAAGCGGCAUCCAAUGUGAAUGUUGUGGGGGUGCAGACCUCCAACAUAAGUAACUCCAAUAGCCUGAGCUCACAGCAGCAAGGCAUGCUUCAGAACAGUGUUCAUAUUAGCGCCAGCGGAAGCAGCGUUGGGAUGAUGAGCAGUGGCGGAGUCUCUAGUAGUCAUUCAGCUAACUGUUGUGGUGGCUGCAGAACUAGGGUGACAGUCAAGGAUCAGUCAUCACAGACAGAUUUAUCAACAGUUAUACAGGUAAAAGCAGAAGAGAGGUUGGCUCGAAGUGGUCUGAUGCCCGGAGCUCGUCUCAUAUCUCACAGUGCUGGCUCAACGGUGAGCCAUGCUACUCCCAAUAGUCACCAUGGUCCAAACUACCCAUGCAGUUGUGACUUUUGUGGAAGAAUGUUUGCUAAGAAAGAAUACCUCCGCAGACACGUUAGAAUUCACACAGGAGAAAGGCCAUACAAAUGUGUCAUUUGUGGCCAUAGUUUCCGGCGCAGCCAUCACCUUCGUUGUCAUGAGUUGACUCACACAGGCACCAAACCCUACACAUGUGGCAUCUGUGGCAAGGCUUUCAAUCUGAGCCAUCAUCUACGGCGCCAUGAGAUGACUCACACUGGAGAGAAACCCUAUGCCUGCACAGAGUGUGGUAAAGCCUUCACCCGCAAGCAACACCUGGAUCGCCAUUACAAGACUCACACAGGCGAGUACCACCGCACCUUCAAGUGUCCGUUCUGUGAGAAGAUGUUCUUCCGCGCUCAUCACCGAGACAAGCACAUGAAACGACAUGGUGAGGUUCUGACUACACCAGAUUUGACAGCUGCCACUUUUUCUCCUGUCAACAACAUGAACCUAUCCAUCAGGGCUGAUGGCACCUUGAGGGCAGAUGGACUUACAGCAUCUCCUAUUAGCGUAGCAAGCAAGGAUGAAUCACACAGUUCAGAGGACUAUCUUACUUCUGAUGAAGAAGGUAAACUUGCCAAUCCAAACAAGCCAAAAGAAGGAAGUAAAAAGAGAAAAGGGACAUCUCCAAUGAGACUUAGGUUUCCCUAUGACUACAAUGCCAAAGAUGGCCAUGAGGGCAUGAAGAUACCCAACAUGGAUAUGGGUGGGAUGAAGAACAUGACAUUUCCACUUCCACAUGGUGCUGCUGGCCCAAGCCAUGGGUUGCCUGCUCAGAGCAACACUAUUUUAACAACUCCGACAAGAGGGCGUCCUCGUGGAAGCAAAAAUAGAGGGGGUGCUUCAGGCCGUGGCAAAAAGAAAGAGAGGGCACUGCUGAUGAGCCAGCUGGGAUUGGAGAUGAAGACAGAGCGGAUGGAGGGAGACAGAGAUGGGUAUGGAGGGUUGAAGAAAGAAGAAGAAAUGGGCAGUGGUGGCGUGUAUGCUGGGAAGACCAUCCCUAACAUUCCUCAACAGUUUGUGUCUGAGUCUGUGGUGGUCAGACACCCCUUACAGGUGGGGAGCCCUCAUGGCAUGGGGCAGCAGCUAGGGCACGAUAAAGGUAUGGUAGGAAAGCAAGAAGGUUCAACACCAGGCCCUGUGCCUACUUCGACCCCUACACCCACACCUGAUGGAAGGGGACAGUUGCAGUGGCAGCAGCAGCAACAGGUGGGAAUGAAUCAGUCUGGCGGAGGAAAUACUGGUGAGUACAUGGCCAACAUGAAUCGACAACUACACACACCUACCUCAGGUGCUGGCGCCAGCAAUGUUGGUUCUGGUGAUGUUCAGCAGACCAUGCAUUACAAACCAGGCACUCCUGAUCAAGCACUUCAUCAUGCUUGGGCUGGAGGUAACUGGCCACGAUUGACCUUAACCUCUGAACCUAUACCUAACUCAUAUAACCAGGUGGAUGCGUCACGAUUUAUGAACAUCUACAGUGCAUCAAAAGUAAUGGAAAUGCGAAUGGCUGAUCUGCGCAAUCCACAAGGUUUCGACGGAGGCCAGUGGAACAAUCAAGGACGUCGUGAUCAGGGACAGGAUAAAGGAGAUAACAGAAUAUAUACCAUGCAUCAGUGAGUCCAUUGUCACUGUAAGCAAUAGCAUCACUAAACUUAAGCACAACUCCUGCCACAAAUUUAAUGUGACCAUAGGAAGCAAAACUUUCGAGUGACAGCUAAAUAAACAUUGCUUUAAUGAGUAGGAGAUACCCUCUCUUGAUACACUGUUUAGGGCAGGGACAUCCCCCCCUCAAUACUAGGGCAGAUAAGCCGCCCUCUCUCUCUCUGUGCACUGAGAUGUUUAUGUCUUCCGACAGCUGCUGCCCUUAGAUCUGAGCAAUUAAUGAUCUUUAUAUUCUUUCUACAGCUUCCCUAAAUGGGGAGAGAUACACAAAACAUAAACAAUAGAAAGCGAAACUAAACUAGUGGAUUAAAGCAAAAGAGAUAUGCUGGCAACAAAACCAUAUCAAAUCUAGAAAGCUGUGUGUUGUCACCUUGUUCAUACAUUUCUAAAACAUGCUUUAUUGUCAGAUGUUAUAUUUCAUAUAGGCACAUGGUAAACUGAAUCUCUGAAGAGGUAGGUGCACUGGAAGAGAGGUGAAGACUUGGAAAAUAUAUAUGCAUAUGCUGUUAGUGAGGCGAACAAAACUUGUAUUCUUCAUAAUGGCAAUUUGGUGGGACCUACACUGUUGUGUACAGUUCACUCCAGUGAACUAGGUGGAUGUAUACUUUUGAAAUGUUCAUUAUUUAAGAGAUGGUGUAAACUGAGUAGGCUUUUCCUUUUCCUCUUUCCUUACCCCUCUUCUACUAUUCCUCUUUCAAAAACAUAGGCCCUACAUUUUUUUAACACUAUUACAAGUAAUUUUUAAAUAGUAAAUUAAAAACAAUAUCUGUGAAACUGAACCCAUGUACAUUUGUCUUAUCCUUGUAACAGGCAGGAACAUAAAAGAUAAUUUUUCCCCACUAACUUUUUUUUGUUAUCAUAUAUACAUAGCCAUUAUAUAUAUAUAUAUACAGUCAUUUAAUGCAUAGUUAAUUUAAACAUGUUUUUGUAAACAGUUUUUUGAUGACCUGGUGUUUUCUCACUAAUUUCCUUGUUAAUCUGCUCAUCAGAAAGUAUGCUGUGCUGGUGUAAUAUAAAGAUUGAUUCUUUUUUUUUUUUUUUUAAUAUGCCUUUUUAAACAUGAUAAUUAUGUGACCUUUUUUUUUAUGGCAAACCUGUUAGAUGGAGAAAAAAAAAGGGGGGGAGGAGGUUAUCAAUGGUGCAGCUGAAAGUGUCCAAUGCACUCCCUUACUAAUAGGAAACUAUCAUUGAGUCAAAUGUAAGCCUUUUAUGUUACUGUCCCUGACUUGCAAGAAUAGAUUGGGGCUGUCUCUUAAUAUAUUAUUACCCAGUACUGUCCGGGGGUGGGGGCAUUUCCAAAUAUCCAAGGUUAGUCAUUUACUGUGUUUUAUACUUAUUACUUAAAGCAUAAACCUGGGGCUUGUGCUAAUCUCAUAGUGUCUUUUUAACCUUUGACCACAGUAAACUCCACCCAUAUUUUGGACUAGAAUAAAAAGUUUUUCCUUUAAAAAAAUGAUAUUUGACUAAUUAUUCCUUUUUUGAUUAGGACCUUAUACCCUGAAAAAAAAAAUAGGUUAAUAUAAACAAUUGAGAAAAAUAGAUUAAUUUUCCAGAAUAGUUCUUGAGUUGUGUUCUGUUAGUAAUUUGUAUUUGGAUGAAUGAACAUUGAAUUUUGCUCUGAAGUAAUUAACUUUAUGGAUAACUUAUGUGAAUGAAUUCAUAAUGGUACACAAUAAACCAAAGUUUUAAUCUAAUGUCUGAAUUAUUUUUUAAAGUUAUAUAUUUAUAUAUAUUUACCUUCAGAUUACAUUGGCAAUUGUAGGCCUACUUUUUUUUUUUUUCAGAUCAAUACAUUAUUUUAAAUAAUUUCUAUAUUUGGUUGACAAUCAUCAGAAAUAAAGGGUUGGCAAGUAGAAAUGUACCUAUUAAGUUUUGUGAAUACUUGUUUAUAAGAUUAUUGUAUUUUAAAGAAAAGUGUAUGCAAUUGAUUUGGUUUUCAUUUGUACAAGAUACCAGUGUCCCAUGUCUUCCUUCCCUUGUGCAGUUUUAGUUUGUUGUAGCUCUACACUUUGUUGCAGUAACAUGUAAGGCUGAUGUUGUGAUCUAAGCCUGUGUCUUUUAGGUCCUAUUACAUUAUUUAAGAAUCAGCAGGAGAAACCAAUAAAAUUUAUUUCAUGUAGCAUGACUUGUACAAUACUGGUUUUAUAUUUAACUACUUUGCUGUUAGAUUUCACUUGAGUUUCGAUUUGUAAAAUUUCUGUUGCUAGAAGACUCAUUUGAUGCUGUUUUUUUGUUUUUUUAAAUAUAUAAAUAAUAGUUCAAAUUUCAAUGCUCUUUGUUGGUCAGAAACAACUAGCAUCCUGCAGGCUUAUAAAUAACAAGUGAACAUAACUAAGCAGUUGUUUUCCAUUGUACCAAAAUAUAAGAGAAAUAACUGAUAUUAAUGAUAAUGCAUAUUUUAACAUUGUUUAUGCCAUUUAAAUUUUAGGAGGCAAGAAAAAUGUCUUAUAAAUACAUGCUAAAUAAUUGGGGGGGGUUCAACUCAGGGUUGCAUAUAUUUGAUUGUCAUGGUCUAGUACAUGUUGAAUUUUUGGUUCUUGUCUAUUACAUCAUUUGUUAAAUACUGUUAAUAGAAGAAAAAAAAAAUAAAGUAAAGCAAAUUCCAAUUUGAAUCAAGCAGAAAGAUACAUUUGAUUAAAAAACGGUCAUAAAUAUUUUGAGGCUUUUAUUUCACUUUGUGAAUUCUCUGCAAUAUAGAAAGUAAUAAAAAACAAAUAUUUGAAAGUUAUUUUUUUUUCCAGUUUUUAUCAAGUGUUUUGUGAUAAAGCUCUCUAAGUAAUGUCAUUGAUGUGUUUCAGUUUUUGUUAGCAAGGUUGUGAUGUUCAUAGUUUGUGGGCAAAUACACAGAUUUGUUUUCUGUUCUCAUUCAUUUGUAAGACAUUUGUCUACUGGUCUAUAGAGUAAAGCAUUGAAUUCCCUGUGGUAUUGGAAUGGAACCUGUAACUGUAAAAUAAGGGAGGGAGCAUCCUGAACAUGUCUGCUUCUGUUUGAUAACCAUUUAUAACCUAGCUUGAUUGACAGGCUAUUCAUUUUGCUGUCAAGUAGCAUUGAGCUUGAGCAGAAGUUUGAUGUGGUAUGCAGACCGAUGUGUUCUCCAUAGUGUACAUACUAUGCAUUGUGAAUGCUCGAGAGACCUAUUUGAUACCCAAUCUGAUAUUUGUUAUAGAAGACACUAUUCUCAUUACCAACUACUAUAUUUUAAGCAUAUGAUAUGUCGGUGGGAACAUACAUUGUUUUGAAAUGUUUUAAAAGGAUAAUUGUUAUAGAUUUGUUAAAAGCUGCUUUGUUUCUUUCACUUCAGCUAUAAUCAUUGCUGAAUACAAUAACUGAGUUUUACAGAACAAAAAAAUUGGUUUGGACUAUAUUCAUAUAUGCCAGUUUCUAUAGAUUUGAUUAUAAUAUACAUUUGUUGUUCCUCCUAUUAUUUCAUUUAUAGCAUAGGUUGACUUGUAUUUUAAAGUAACAAAUUGGUAGACACUACAUUAUGGAUUUUGUAAGAUUUCUGUUUCUCUCUACUUAGAUUAGCCAAGGUUAGGACCUAAAAAGACAGUUAUCUUACCACUUAGGUUCAAUGGUACAUGUCACUUAGAUUAGGACCUAAAAAGACAAUUAUCUGACCACUUCGGUUCAAUGGUACAUGUCACUUAGAUUAGGAUCUAAAAAGACAAUUAUCUACAUGUCACUUAGAUUAGGACCUAAAAAGACAAUUAUCUGACCACUUGGGUUCAAUGGCACAUUUCACUUAGAUAGCUAAGGUUAGGACCUAAAAAGACAUCUGAUACAUUUUGUAUUGGCAGCAUUGAAUAUGCUGGUGUAAUACUGUAUAUAAGUAAUACUAUGUUCGAUAUAAUAAUUAUAUAUACAUAUAAGUAAAUAUAUAUAAUAUAUAUUAUCAUAUAAAAUGAUUUAAAAUACCUUCUUGUUGAUUUGAAAACUACAUUUUAUAUUCUCAUAUUUGAGCAACUUAUGAAUGAAUUGUAUAUUAUUAGUGUGACGUUUUAAUUUUUCCUUCCUAAUUUGGUAUUUCAUUGUAACCUUUAAAUUUCUAUACAAAUAAUUUCAUCUUUUACAAAUAACUGUUUGUCCUUGCACUUUGUCCAGUUGUUUGGUUUGUACAGUGUACAAGGUUUUAGAGUGACAGAAUGGUAGGCAUCAGUAUGUACAGUCUACAAUCCUAGAAUAUAUUUUUUGUUUGUUUUGUGAUUUGUUUGUCAUGCCAUUGUAUUAUACAGAACAUUUACAUAUACAAUAAAACAUUUUUUUUUCAAACUUUU